UUGCUAAUUCCUGCAGGAAUGUGUAGAGUUCAGUCGUCUCUGUUCAGGAUAGUAAAUGUGUCGCUGCAGAGGAAGAUAAACAGACGAACCACUGACAGUCACCUCGGUUAGAAAAAAACAAAGUCAGCAGAUGUUAGCUGGUUUCUGUAUUUGGUACCAAACAUACAGUCCGUAAAGAACUACUCGCCUACCUGGGACGUUCUCCCCUUUUAUUGCUUUGAACAUUGGUUUAUAAUUGGUUUAAUUUACCUUCUUUACAUAAGAAAAUCUUUUUAAAAAGACUCUUUAAUGUCAAAGUGAAAACGGAUUUCAACAAAGUAAUGUCAAUUAGAAGUAUUCACUCUCUUUAAAGCAAGUAAUUCAAUACAGGUGCAGCCACAUCAUGAUGUGAAGCACGGUGGAGGCAGCAUCAUGAUGUGGAGAUGAUUUUAAGGACUGUAAAGGUGGAAUUUAAAUGAAUGCAGCAAAUUAUUGGGAAAAGAGGUGAAAACUCGAAGUAAAUAUUAUUUAUCGCUAUUCUUUUCAUUCAUCGAUUAUGUAGAAAAAAAGAUUUUCAUGACUAAAACUUGCAAACUGGUAAAAAAAAAAAUUGAAGUCAAAAGUCUUUCUUAGGGAUGAUACAAAUUACUAAUAUUAAUAACCAGUAUAGAUUUGCAAUAAAAACAAAAAUGUAUGUGUCAAUAUUUAUAACACAAACUCCAGAAAACUUCAUUAAAAAUGACUUUGUUCAUUUGUUUUCCAUACAUUUCAGUAAGAGAACUACUGUAGAAGACAAGCUCAAAGAAGACGACAAACUUGAAGAAGACAGUCGACAAAGACAAACUUGAAAAAGAUGACAAACGCGAAGAUGACAAACUCGAAGAAUAUGACAAACUUAAAGACGAUGACAAACUUAAAGAAGAAGACAAACUCGAAGAAGAACCACCAAGUGCAUGAGUUCAUCAUAACUUUUCUACUUUUUGCAUUUCAACCUCAGAUUUGAUUCACUUGUGGAUAAGAAGCACAGCAACCACAAAAUGUGAAGUUUAAAGACUUUUGCAGUCAAUAUUUUAGGAGGUUCACUAUAAAACAGCAUUCAAAAAACAGAAUGAAUAAGUUUAUUCACUGCUCUAUAUUCUUAUGGAGUAAAAAUGGUAAUAUUGACAUUUUCAAUUUAAGAGAUUAACAAUAGUUCUGCAUGUUUACAUGAGCGGAUAUUAUUAAAUAAACAGAAUUGAAAUCAGAUAGAAAUGAGGUUAAGUAUGAGAGAUUUAAAAACUUCUUCCCCCGCUGACUAAAACAGCUCAACAGACGAGAUCCAAGUGUCACUGAGGGCGUCUACAGUAUCCAUCCAGAGGCUGCUGUGGGUGGGUGGGUGGAGAGGACUGAGUGGGUGGGUUGGCCGGGGUAACCGAGGUGUAAAAGCUCAUAACUCACACAGAUGGUGGACCAAUCAGCCGGUCCUGUGGGGGCAGAAAGCCGGUAGGUUACACUGGAAGCUAAAAUACAGAAGACACAGGACAGACGGACGGAGAGUCAGGGACCUGGACGUUUGCUUCAACCUGAGAGCUUCUGGUUGUUCUGUAGAGUCUCCCCCAGGCCGAUGCACCCUGACAGAGGAAUGGCCAUUCCCAGGAUGCUGAACUCCAACACUCCGUUCAUCGUCGUCGCCGGCGGCUCUGAGCUCUCAUUUCUGGGGAAAGAAGACGACGGUGAGGGAUGUGAGGAGGAGAAGAACUCGCUGGUUCAGGCCAUCGCUCCUCACCUGAGCCGGGUCAUUCAGCUCGGUACCGCCAAACACGUGGACACGGAGGGACACCAGGAGAACCACUGCCUUUCUAUAGUCGCUCAGGCUGAAAGGGAAGACUUCCAGGAGUUCAGCCCCACCAACACUCAGAGCCCCUUCUCACGAUCCCAGCUCCUCCAGAAGCACAGACCUCUCAGUAAAGAAGCAGCCCUGAUCAGUGACUCAGAAGACGAGGACUUUGAUCAACUCUCACAUUACCACCUGCAGAGGAAACAACGCAGGAAACCCAGAACCCAGCAGAACCAGCAGGACGGAGAGGAACGUCCGGUCAUCAGGGGUCUGUGGGUUCAGGAGAUCGACUGGCUGAAGUCCACGUCCACCGACAUCAUCCCUCCUCCUCCUCAGUUCACGGACUCAGCAGAGCUCUGCCUGUACAGAGGAGUGUGUGAGAGGCUGGAGGAAGACCAGCUCAGGUCUGCAGAUCCAGAAGAAACUUCCAGCAGCGACGACCGAGGCUCCGACUCCGACUGCAGCCUCCACUGUGAAUCUUUCUGCACUCAUGAGAGCGAGUCGGACUCGUCUUUCUGCCUGGAGGCCGACAUGAGAGACCAGCUCAGAGUAGAAGCCUCCAACUCCACGUUUGACCUGAUGCAGGUCUCUGGAUUUAACUCUUCCUCCCAGGCGGACUGGGAUUCUGACUCUACGGGCUGCGAGCAAAGCCUGCUGGGAGUUUCAGACUGCACCUUCACCCACAGCUCUGGAAACGUUUCUGGCUGCGACGACACAGUUUUUGAUGAACUGCGAGGCAAAGUGACACAGAUACCAAAGCUGUUUGUGUCGGCUUUCCACAGGGAUUUGAUCAAACACGUUCUGAACAACUGGAAGAGCUCGAAACCUGCAAACGAAGGACUCAUAUUCCAUCAUCAGCUGCAGCCCAACACCUGCCGGUACCGGGAGGGGGAGGAAUACUGCGUUCUCCAUCGCAUCCAGAACGGUUCCUACGGUGACGUGUUCUGUGUUCGGGACAACAGCACUGGAUUCAGAUGUGCUGCCAAGAGGAUUCCUCUGAGCGGCUUCAGCAGCGAGGAGGUGAGCACGUGGAGCGCUCUGAACUCUCCUCGAGUUGUGGAGCUUUUUGGAGCCGUAAGAGAAGGACUGAACGUUGUGCUCUUCAUGGACCUGAAGCCAGCUUGCUUGGCCCAGCUCCUGAAGGAGAUGAACUGCCUCCCUGAGGAUUUGGCCCUGCACUACCUUCACCAGACACUGGGGGCGCUGGAGCACCUGCACCACAGGAGGGUGCUCCACCUGGAUGUCAAAGUUGACAAUGUGCUGCUGUCUGCAGACUGCAGAGACACAUUCCUCUGUGACUUUGGUCUCUCAGAGACAUUAGAUGACAGCGGACGAGGCGCCGAGGCCUUCAGGGGAGCUGCUUUUCCUGGAACUGAGACCCACAUGGCCCCUGAGGUGGCUCGAGGAGAUCAGCUCUCUGCGAAGGCGGAUGUUUGGAGCAGCUGUUGUAUGUUACUGCACAUGCUCAAUGGUUGCCAACCAUGGAUACGCUACUAUGCCCAUCCGCUGUGCCUUCAGAUUGUCAACGAGCCUCCACCGCUUUGGGAGGUACCGUCCAACUGCAACAACUUCACAGCCAAAGUGUUCAGAGCCGGACUCCAGAAGGACCCCGAGAGACGAGCGUCAGCAAAGGAGCUCUGGAGGAAAACCACCAAGGCCCUCAGAGCAGUUGGAGGUCUGAGUCCUUGGUCCAUCAAAACUGCCUUUGAGAAGCUUUAUCACGGACAGAACCAGAAUGAAGACGCCUCCUACACCCAGAAUAAACCCCCAACUACACCCACCAUGUACUGGGUCAGUCCCUGGAGAACCACAGCAGUGGACGAGGACGACAACGACUGGUCAGAUGGAGAAUCGGAACAAGACUCUAAAGGAGAAGCUGAUUCCUUCAUGAAGGAAUGGGACUCUGAGCCGAAAUCACUGCGGGACGACUACAUCACCGAUGAGAAAGACUGGGAGACUGGCUCUGAUUCAGAAGUGGACAUUUACAUGGGAGAGGACGAAUAUAUUCAGGAGAAGUGGCUGAAAACUGACCAGGACUAUGAGGGGGAUUGGGAGGAGGAGGGUGAUGAGGAUGAGGAAGAAGAAGAAUGGGACUCUUAUGUGUCCACAGAGUACCUUCGUGCUCUCAGAGGCCUUUUUCCUUUGCUGCAAAAAGGACAACAGGCGAAUGAUGAUUCUUGGGGAUCAGAAGCAGAACUGGAAUACCUCCGAGACGAUGUACCUUUAGGCACCACGAUCGAGACGCCCUCCCCUGAACCCCGUGAUGACCCUCCGUCCUGCUUCAGCUGCUCGGACACGUCGCAGAUCGAUGCCUCAGACAAGGACUCCGACCGUUCUUCUGAUGACCUCAGCUCCGGCGUCUUUUCGUCCUGCAACAGUCAGACAGACGCACAUUUGGAGUGGUCGGCCUCGGCCAAUCAGCCGUCCUCGUACUGCUCCGAGGGUGUUGACAUCUGGAUUGAGAACGUCCAGGGCGAGUGUCUGAGGAUCCGAGAACGUCGUCUGGUCAAAGUGGGUCACGUUGCUAUAGGAAUCAGUGAUCAGAUCUCAGGGAAAGCCUUUACUUUGGAGACUCUGGACAGGAAGUUGGUGUCCUUUGAACAGGAGAUCCGAGAGUCUGGACUGUGGCUUCGAUGCGUUCCUGCUCCAGACAGAUGUCAGCGCUGGAGGUGGAGGGUCCGAGAUGGAAAGCUGGAGCUCAGAGAAUGACGCUUUCUGUCUUCGUUUGUCUUCUUUGCUCUAAUUAUUUCCGUUAAUGAUUGUUGUCGGGGAAAAGCUGGAAGGACCUGGUUUUAGGCGAAAUGAAUUCUCAGUGUACUUACACACAGUUCCAAGACUACAGUUUAAGACUUGAGUGAAAGAAAGCUGAACAAAGACAGGUAAAUAGACCCUCAGUGAGCACUUUAUCAGGAACACCUAACAGCUACAGUUCAUGGAGGCACAAAGAUGCUGCAAAGCUUCCUCUGCAGACUUUUUAACUCCUGUUCUACCACAUGACUUGGAGCAUUAAGCUGCUGGAAGAAGACAUUAGAAGAUGGUAAACUGUGGCUAUAAAGGAAUCCACAACUUCAGCUGCAACACCAAGACAGUCAGUGGCAUCCAACCCAUAAUUAAGAAAACAUUCCUUGCAGUUUUAAACCAGAUUCAUUAAAUCAGGCGACAUUUUCCACCUUCAGCUGACCAGUUUUAGUCUUUAUGGUCAUUAUCAAGCAUUUGCUGGCGUUUAAAGACUCUGUUUGGUCGUUUUGUGUCUCUUUGUGGUAAUUUUUGACCAUUUUUUGCUUUAAAACAGUUGAAUUGUGACUUGUUUUUGUUGUUUAUGUUUUGUGUCCCGCUGUCAGUGUGAGUCUCUUAUGGGGAUUUAGAAUAGAAUAGAAUCACUUUAUUCAUCCCCGAAGGGAAAUUCAGUCAUUCAAAUUCAGGAUUUUCCGUAACUGUUGUUUGUGUGUCUCUUUAUUUGUGUAUCUGUUAUUUGAUUUCUAACUUGUAUAGCUCUAAUCCUUCAUUCUGUUUGUUUUGUGUCUCUUUGUGGUAAUUUUGUGUCACUGUGGUUAUUUAUUGGUAAUUUUUUUUCUCUUAGUUAUAGAUUUGUCUCUCUUUGUGGUUGUUUUUUUGUGUUUUUGUGCGUGUUUUAUUUCCUUUUAUGGUUGUUUUGUGUUUCUUCUUGGUUGAUUGAUGUGUUUUUGUAGUUGUUUUGUGUCUCUUUGUGGUUGUUUUGAGUCUCUUUGUGGUUAACUGAUGUGUCUUUGUGGUUAUUUAGUGUCUUCUUGUGUUGUUUGCUGUAUCUUUAUGGUUGUUUUUGGGUCUAUUUGUGAUUGUUUUGGGUUUCUUUCUCUGUGUUUUGUGUCUUGAUGUGGUUGUGUGGUGUGUCCUUGUGGUUAAUAGGUGUGCUUUGUGGUCGUUUGGUGUGUUUCCGUGGUUGUGUGGUGUGUCUUUGUGGUUAAUAGGUGUGCUUUGUGGUCGUUUGGUGUGUUUCCGUGGUUGUGUGGUGUGUCUUUGUGGUUGUUUUGUGUCUUGAUGUGGCUGUUCCACCUUCAGCUGUCCAGUUUCGAUGACGCUAAGCUUCUGCAGCCUUUAAUUUCUGUUCCUGUUUGACAGAAUUGAAACCCAACUUGGUCUUCUGCUACUGUAGUGCAUCCACCUCAAGUUUGGACGGGUAAAAGUGGUUCCUGUCAGCUUCAGCCAGUCUAACCUCUCAUCAACAAGGCAUUUUAGUUUUCACAACUCUGAGCGACUCCACAGACUAUCGUGGUAAAAUUCUAGUAGAUCAGCAGCUUGAGAAACACUGAAAACAACCAUCAAGUCACAUUUUCAGCCCAUUCUGAUGUGUGUCUGCAGGAGUUUAUGCUAUAAUUUAGCCUGUUUGGAUAAAUGCCUGAAUAAGCAGGUGUUCCUGAAAAAGUGCUCUGUGAGUGAAGGUGAGAAAUAGAUGCAUUAAAAGCACACAUGUCUAUAAGCUGUGCAGGUCAAACUAUUGCUGUAAACUGCUUACAAAUCGCACAGGAGUAUGUAGGUGUGCAGAGAGAAUGAGUAGUGUGACAUGCGACUUUAUCCGUUCAUUUUUUAGUCAUUUUUCCAUAACUGCACACUGUUAAGAUGCAAAAGAAAUCCAAUUUUCUGCAUCAUUUCCGUUUCCUCUCUGAUCUGGAAUCCAGAGUUUGUUUGUCACUGAGUGUGUUUUAGAGUUUAGAAGAAGCAAAGUUGCUUAAAAUAAUGACUGUUUUCCACAACACAGUUUAAGACCUGAGGAAAUGAAUACUUGAACAUUACUUACAUUUUAUAUCUUAAUAAAAAAAAUACCUCCAAGGUGAA